AUGGCAGCAUCAAGAAGGCCUGCCCUUGUACACUGGAAAAAUCUACAAACAGUGGUCACUGCUUCCAAAGGUUUGUAACCUUCAUAUACAUGUAAGCUUUUUGUAUAAGUUUUUGUCACCUAUGAAUGUAGCCCCAGUCUACUAAAACAAAAGUUAUGUUCAUUAACUUUCAGGCACUUUCAGAAAUGAUCAAAAAAGUAAAUGGGAGGUUUUAGCACAGAGCCCUUCAGUGUGAUUUCUUAGUUUAAAAAGAGUUUAUGGAUUUUGACUAAUCAGCAAAGUUUUGCAAUAGUGGUAAAAGGUUAACAUAACAAACCAACUGGUAAAAGUUUCUGUUUUUCCUUUGAAUUCCUUCCCUCUUCCACUCAAAAAAAGGUACCAAUUUAGUAAUUAUCAAAUAUUAUUGGAAUUAGUUUGGUGUGGUAACAGAACAAAAUAAUAAACUUGCCAUUUCAAGCCAUACAUUUCCUUUGUUAAAGUGUUACAAUUUCCCAAGAACAAAGAUAGUCAUUAUGAUAUCGGAAUAUUUAGAAACUGGACUGGAAUUUGUCCAUAUAGUGAAGAAAUGCCACUUUCGUUCAAAACCGAGAACAGUCGUUCUGCAGAAAACAGGGGCACCCAACGACAGUUUUCGGAAACAUAUCUGUUCGGAAGACGAUUUGAGAUCUAGAAUUUUCGGAACAUUUGUUGCAAAAUUUCUUGCUUGCCUGCCUCUCCUAGGAUUUUCGAACAUCUAAAAAAUGGUAUAAUUGCCUAUUUUUAACGGAUUUUUGCCCUAAAAAGGUCAUCUAGAAUUUUCGGGAGCCUUUUUUCUGGCUAAAAUUUUCGAAAAGGUAAGUUUUGAUCCCUAUAAUUUUCGGAUCACUUGACUUUCAGCUAGGAAAUCAGAACAGAUGAAAAAUUUUUAGGGGAUAAAAAUAUGCCUAUAUCUACCGUUUAAAUACUAAAAUACGUUUAACAAUUCUAUGUUUAAGUGGUUUUGAACUAUAUUCUCGUUGGGUGCCCCUGAGAAAAGAAAAGAUCAUUACGCAACACGGGUUGCCUAUUAAACGACGUACGCUUUCAGCCGUGGCUCAGGAAAUGUAAGUAGGGUUUUCAAACAUACUUGUAAUAAAUGGGCAUUUUUAUUUUUAUUACACUCUUAAUCUGAAUUUGUAUAUACGACAUACAUUGUGGGCAGCAAUGCUGCUGUUUUUGCGGGCGACAAAUGAAGCCCACAGCCUAAUCUUGGUCAGCGGCUUUCUAUUAACUAUAUAGCUUUUUCCCGAGUCUGUCCCCAUUGUUGGGAUGCUCGUGUUGUACCGACUAAUAUGCAUGGUAUGUGGCCGCGAAGGCUGUAGCGUUGAGUUUAAGGUCCGUGUGAUGUCACAUUAAUCACGUGAAUGCACAUGCAAGUGAUGCAACAAUCAUUAAUUACAUUCGAUUCGCAAGCACUCGUAGUUCAGGUACACAUUGUACUGCACCGGCGAAAGGGGAGACUGUUCAGUUCGCCUUGCCUGCCUGGAAUCCAUUUAUCCAGGAAAGUGAAAGUAGAGACUGAUCUCAGCUUAGUGCGGAACGCGUUUUCGGUAAGAUAGGAGUGCUAGCAAAGUCUAGAAAUCGAUGCAGAUUAAGUAUAUUUAGGUUUCACUACAGUGCAUGGUUUUUAUAUUUUUAUACGUUUCCAAGCAUGUUACGUCGCUUGUCAUCCGAAAGCUUCAAUAAGCUGUAAUAUCCAGUGGUAAUUUAAGCUGUUUGAUCAUUUUGUAUUGCAUAUCAACGGCCUUUGGUCAUUCAACACGGAUUGAAUAUUCGAUUGAAUAAUAAGACUUCGGGCAUGACUGUACACAGCUAUUUCGAGAAAGGUUGUCGCAAAAACUGUGCACGCGACAAUACCGAAAGGUAAUAUGGGAUAUGAUCAGUACACUUGUUAUUGACACUGUAGCUGUCGAACCUACUUUUGUUGCUUUCCUUUAGCACUCGCAAACAUACGUCCAUGGCCGCUCGUGCCAUUCUUUGAAAUUUAUUUGAAAAACAGUGAACUAAAAACCACCCACAAUACCUUUCGGGAUUGUCGCGUGCACUUUUUCCGACGACCUUUCUCGAAACAGCUGUAUACACGCAUUACUUGUGUCACGCAUUACUGUUUCAAUGUAUCUUUGCCGGCGAAUACAAACGUCGUCCCUCGCUUCUUACCAUUGGCAGGCUAAUUGUAUCUAAGCAACUGCGAAUAAAAUCGUUGAAUUAAAUAAGAAUCUUGUUUACUGUGUUGGCCAAUCUAGUUUUCAUGAUCCGCCGUGAUUCCUUUUAUUGACACUAUAACUGAAGGCCAUUCAAUUCACUUACAUAUGAAAGCGGUUUCGCGCGCACCUCCUAGCCGACGGCUACCGCUAGUACUAAUUUCUUACUUUUGGUAAGAUUUCUCCUGAGUUUCAUACAUUUAUUGUGCACUUGUUCGACUCUAUUCAUAUAAACUAUUUGUGUGCAAUAGCCGGGGAUUGCUGCAUGCAUCAUAAAUGUCAUGGAGGUGAGAGAAAAUGCGGCCCAUAAUUUUUAAUGUCACCUUCAUUACCUCAAAAUUUUGUGAUUUUUGUCAAUUUCGUAAUAGAGUUCAAUCCUGGACAUAUCUCACUGAUUUCAGGGUAGUCUUUGUUUAUUAUGUACUAAUUUUAUUGCUUUUUUUACGAUUUCGUGAUCAAAGGCUUCAAUAAAUUAUGAAUAACUAGUAUUUUUCACAAACUGUUAGUUUAUUAAAACGACUUGACCUUGAAAGUCAGUAAAAAAAAUAAAUGGAGGUAAAAAUCGAUCAAUAUAAACUGUGUUUUGAUGCUACAAAGUGCAAAGCACACUUCUCUGCAAAAAGCACUUAUUGUGCUCUUGCCUGUAAUUAUUUCAGAAUUUGACAUUAAAUUUCUCUUACAUUUUAAUAUCAUUCCCUUGAAGGAAUUAAGCCAACAAAUCACUUCAGACUUGUCGUUCUAAAUAUACGCUUUGCACUUUUAUAACUUACAUAAAUCCGCCGAUUAAUAAACGAAUUUUGACGCAGUUUAAUUCGCCGAUAUCAAAACACACGUUUCUGGAGUUUCUCCGUUUGGACUAAUGACGUUAUUCGCGUAAUUUAUUGCUACCAAAAAUAUUUUCUGCCACUAAAUUCUUCAUUUUGUGAGUGGAGCUCACGUCAUGGUGUCGUUCAAACAAUUGCCUCGAACUUUUCGGUAUAGACAGAAAUUGCGUGGGGUGAUAAAUAGGCGUAACUGUUUGCUAGCAGUUUCAUUUGUAAAGAAUGGUUAUUAUACAUUUCUCGCACGAUCAUGAUUUUGCAUUGGUUCUAAAAUUAUAAAUAAAGAAAAUAGUAGACUGAAAUUAAUUUGCGUAACACGACUUACUGACCAGAAAAAAAAAAAAGCUAAGUGUUUGCUUUAUAAUGUUACGUUUUAAAUAGUCUUGCCUGAAUAUGUUAAAGUUACUUCGUAAAAAGACGAUGACAAUGAGAUAAUUUUUGUUUAAAAAUAGUGGUGUUGAAGAAACGGCGAGACAAAUACGAUGCCACGAGUCUACACGCUUUUUCCGUUUAAGAAGUCGUUUAUAAAGAAAAAAUGUCAUGACAAUGUAGAUUUCUUGUGCGCGUGCGGUUGGCAUAAGAACGUGGCAUGCUGGACUCUAUUGACAUGCCUUUAAGAUGUUAUUUGUUUAGACAUCGUGACUGAAAAAUGACAAAUCGAAAGUUUAAAUUGAAUAGUACAGGUCCUGGUUAGAACCUUGGCCGUGUCAUCGAGUGCGUCGGUUUCCUUAGUACACAGAAGACUUUUUUAAAUACUGCUGUGGGUAGCCCUUGUGGACUGGCAUCUAGUUGCAAUACUCCGAGGUGCUUCGUUGCCCGCAGUGAAACUUGAUACGAUUCAGUUCUGUAGACUCCCUCAAGAAUUUCAUGGAGAUUUUCAAGAGUAAGAACCUACUUUAGAGUAGAACAAAUAAUACCAUAGGAAAGAAUGGCUCCGUAGCUUUCUUAAAUACUGAAUGGUAAAACUUAAGGAUUCAAUCGCCACAUGUAACAGAUGUAAGGGAAUCUAAGACAGUCUUGGAAUCAGGAUUCCACGCCGUGGAUUCUGGAUUCCAGGCACUGGAUUCCAGUCUUUGUCAGUGGAACUUAGAUUCCAGUCCUUAGUGGGAUACCGGAUUCCUUGAGCUGCAUUCCGGAUUCCACAAGCAAAAAUUUCACCGAUUCCAGAUUCCACAAGCAAAAAUUUCCGGGAACUCGGAUUCCGAAUUCCCGUACAUGGGGUGAAAAGAGACGCACCGAAGAUUGCUCUAGACUUGUAUCUCGAUUUUCGCUUGUAUUUUGAAGCUACUAGCCCAAAUUGCUUCAAUGUUUUCUGUAAAAUACUGUUGCAGUCAAUAUUUCUAGCCAGAAUAAUAAAUAACAGGGGCACCCAACGGCGGUUUCCUCCUAAAUACAUUGAAAACAGUUUUUAGGCUAUCGAGAGUACUUUUAGAUCUCUAGAAAUGCAUCCUAAGGUUGAGUAAUUGGCGAUAUUAAACAUAUUGAUCUGGACUGCCGAGACACAGCCCCUUUAAGUUAUCUCGAUUGUGGCUGCUUCUGUUACUCUUGGGGUAUUAACCCAUUAAUAUCCAAGUGGCCAAAGUUAAGAUUCAAGAAAAAUUCACAUUGCAGUUUCGUUUCAUGAGGCAAAUGAUUCUAAAAGUACUGCUGCAGGGGUGUCAUUUCAAUGGACACACCACAGGACGUCAUCCACAAACUCAAAAGUUAGAACUACAUACUGAAUUAAUAGUACCUCGUGAAAGUAAUGCCGAAGAGGUUUCAUUUCAAUGGACACACCACAGGACGUCAUCCACAGACUCAAAAGUUAGAACUACAUACUAAAUAAAUAGUACCACGUGAAAGUACUACUGAAGAGGUUUCGUUUGAAUGGUAACACCAUAGGAUUUCCUCCAUAGACUCAAAAGUUAGAACUACUUACAAAAUGAAUAGUACCACGUGAAUGUACUACUGAAGAGUUUUCAUUUGAAUGGUAAGGCUGUGUGCAAACCCAUAAGUCUUUGUAAACCAUGCGUAUGAGCGUACGUGGCCCCAGCAGUGUUGGAAGAGCUGUGCAAACAGAUCCAACAUUGUUGCGCUACGCUUCGGCGAUCAGGAAACAAAAGAAAUGUUGGGAGUUGUUGGCUGAAAAGUUUGAUCGGUUUCAAACUUUGCGCAACAACACGCAACAACAUCCAACAACAUGCAACAGGGUGUGCAAACGGACGCAACAUGUAACAUCCAACAAUGUUGCAUCCGUUUGCUCGGGGCUUAACACCAUAGGAUUUCAUCCACAGACUCAAAACUGAUCAGAACCUAACAGAAAAAAAGUACCGUUUGAAAGUACUACUGAAGAGGUUUAAUUUGCAUGGUCACACCAUAGGAUUUCGUUCACAGACUCAAAAGUUAGAACUGCUCUGUAAAUAAAUACCACCAUGUGUGUACUGCUAAAGUGGUGUCGUUUGAAUGGUGACACCAUAGGAUUUCUUCCAAAGACUCAAACGUUACGACCUGUUUAUACUGCGCGAUAAAUAGUACUUUGUAAAAGUUCUGCUGAAGUGGUUUUUUAGUUUAUUUAAAUGGUCACACCACAGAAUUUCAUACAGGAAGAAAACCGGUCAAGAGUUUAUAAUAAAUUCUUAAUUGAUUCCACUAACAAUCUAGCAAAUAUCAUAUACUUUGAAAUUUGUAUCGACGUUCUAGUCAGAGCAGAAACCUUCAGUGCCGCAUAUUUUUUUUCGAAUGUCUUUUAUAUUCACAUUAUAUUUAAUUCAGUCUUUCUUACGAAAUUAUGGAUGUGUUAUCUUUUGCAUUUAACUAUUUUGACUGCGAACCUGUUGAUAUAAUUUUUAACAAAUCGAUGCUCCUAGUUUCUAUUACUCCUUUGCGUACUUGCCGAACCCUGCUAGGACUUCGAGCGGCCUUCUUUUGCGUGGCGAACCCUAAUAUUCCGGCAGAUAAGUGAAGGAAUUCUGCCUUUUAUGAUAAAAAUGUAAACUUGAAAUACAUAAUCAUGUCAAGGAAACAUUUCUAGCGAUUGUGCCAUCUAAGAGUAGUCACUUGACCAUCUUGGCAGCUCGUUUUUAAAGGCCGUGCUGCUUUUUUUAAACUUUACCAUCGAUUGAUGUUCAACAGUCCAUCAAAUCCAACUGUUUGAUUUCUGGCCUUUUUUUUUUCAAAGAAUGACGUGUACUAUAUUUGUUUUGUAUCUAUAAAACGCAUUUGAGGUUGUUAUAGAACUAAAUGAUAAAUCCUUUCUGCGUACGAAAAUUCUUUGAGUUUAUGAAUUAUAAACCGCUUUACAAGAAAGCGUCUAAAUAGUUUUAGAAACCACUUCGUUUAAUCUGUAUAAUUAACAAAUGUUUAGGGGUUACCUUAUAUAAACACUGUGUUAUUUUCAGUAAAAUACAUGAAUUUGAACUGUCAAAGGUCAGGGUAACGAAUUUUAUUCGAGUAGUUUUGUAUAAAACUUUGUGGCGAAAUGCUUGAUUUGCUCAUUUUUUUAAACACAAAGGCAACUGCGAACAAGAAAAUGCAAUUUGUUUUUUGACAAUGGUCAAAAUGAAGAGUUAACCGAGAGCGCUUUCUGAGUUUUUAUUUACGAAGAACAUUCUAGACUAACAACCAUGUUUAACAAUCGUUUGCCGUGUGAUUUAUCCUUCGCUUAUGAAGGCAACCGAGUCGAAACGUUGUCCUCAGAGGUUUAUUAUAAAUUUAGUUCAAAAAGUGCCACGGCGGUGCCAGUAAGGCUAGCUUUGUUUUUCGAAGAUCGCGUCAUUGAUUUUGCAUAUCGUUCUUGGUUGGUAUUUGCUGAUCUUACUUCAAAUUAGGCAAAAAUGUGGUAUCAAAAUGGGAUAUUUUAAUCACAGGGCAAAGACAAAACCCAAAUAUAUCAAUAUUUUCCUUACUGUCUUAAUUAAAUUUAGCUUCGCAGAUUUUAAUGUUCGUGCGAGAAAGCGCCUCACUAAGGAAUUUUUUGUGGCAUUUUAAAUUACGUAUAAAAAAGCCAAGUGACGUAAUUUUCAAUUCUGAGUUUGGAUUAUGGUUUUUACCGCAUAUUUACAAGCGCAUGUCUGUUUUUAUAGCGCCAAAUAUAGAUUUUUCAUCGCCUUUUAUUGUUAUUAUCUGAUAUGAAACCUUCACAGGAAAGCAACUGUUAACAUCCAUAUUCACGUUCUGUGUUUAAUGUGGGUGUUCCUUGUGGAAAAAGACUGAUAAACCUAAGCUCCUUUUCAAAGGUUGUUAAGGCGAUUUCUUAUCCUAAGCUUGACGGAUUAGUAAUGACAGUAAAGCCAUCUAAUACCUAUCUGUUGAUUUUUCGUUUCAAUUACAGUGUCCCAUAAAGUAAACCAAGCGAGCGUUAGGUCAAAUUCUGUCGAAAAACGCGUUGAAUGAGUAAGCAAUAUUAAGAAAUUUGUCGUCUACGUAAAAUUGGCGCAUUUGCGGUCGCAAAUUUGCAUUUUUAUAUUUUCACUUGCUUUGGCGUACUUUAUUUUAUUUGGCGGGUCUGCGACCGAGAUAUAAAAUUAGCCAAUUUGACAUCAAUCCCUUUCAUAACUUUCAAAUUUCGCGUAAAAUUGGCUUCUACGAAACACGGAUAGCUAACAUUUUACUGGCGAUUUUAUUAUAUUCCUUUGAAAUAUCAGGUCAAAUUAAGUCAAGAAUUAAAGAGUGUAUAGACUUGUAUCUGCUAAACUGGAUCGCACCCGAAAAUGGUUCAAUGGUUUUUCUGUUUUUCUGUUUUUCUUUGUUUAAAUAACAAUCAAUUUUCUAAUGAUAAAUAACGAAUUGCAAAUAGUUAAUAGAGAAGAUUAUGAAUAAAGAACAUAUGAAUAAAAUGAUUGUAAUAAACGAUAGCAAUUGGGUUCGGCUAUCAGCUGCUUAUAAAAAAAUUAUCGCCAAGGAAUAUUGGCGUUUCAUAUUUGAUUUUCUGAGUUUAGUUGGAAACAGCACUUUAUGGAAACACGCGCGGACCCUCCCGAAUCAGCUGCUAUAUGGAAAGUUUUGAAUGUCUGCCCUCUGUGUUCCAACUUGCACGUCUUGCGUCCCUUUCGUGAAGUUCACGGCAGAUUUUUUUUUUUUCGGACGGGAAGUAGUUGUUAAUAAUUCAUGUUGUUGACUCACGCAUGCUUUUUGGUGCAUGUUUGAGAUAAACUUAGUGAGCGAACUUUUUUAAUAAAGCGAUUCAGUGGCAGUGACAGCUAAUGAAAAAUUUGUUUUUUUGUUAAUGAAAUAUAUCCUUCCUUGUUUGACAUUGUUGUAGCUUUUGAAUGUUUUGUGUUGUUCUGGGUAUUUGCACCUGAUCUUGGUUUCCAGUUGAAACCUUGUACAGUUUUGAUUCCUGGUUAUCCCUUUGUCACAAUAUGAAGUAUUAAAUCUGGUCUGCAUAUACCAAAAUAUACCGCCAACAGUUCGAUUCUCGCCGUUUUAAUAACCCGUGCAAUGUGGGAUAUCUCCCGGCGUUCAGUAAAAGCCACUUAGAUCGAAGUACGUCCCAAAACCGGUGCAUUAAUACUCAGUUUUAUUCAUCUUUUGUAGGCGUCCAAUUUAUAUACUUUUAAUUCUUGCUUCGUUAAAUCGCCAUGAAGUGCCGGUUCGAACUACGUCGCGAUUAAAUUUCUUUGUCAACUGCCGUCGACACUUUGCUUGAGGCCAAACUUUGUUUCAAAUCGAUAAUAAAUAUGUCUUGACAUUCAACAACAAUUUGUCUUUGUUGUUUUACUCGGUUAAUCUUGGCGUUAUUUAUCCCUAAAAAAUAGGAAUGAGAGCCUCUAACUGCAUGGCGACAAUUUGAAUUAGCCAAUACAGAGACCGUUUUUUCUUAAAUUUGAGUUCAUAUUUGGCUUGUUACUUGCAACUGUUUCACCCCUGAUAUUGGCCCAAGAAAAAAAUCCUUCCAAAAUUAUAAUUACUUUUUAUAUAGUUCCAGGGAGUAAACAUUACUACGCGAAAGUCCUCCCUAAGAGGUUUUUUUUUGUGGGAACAAUAUAGGGUUGCGUCUACAGAUUUAAAAGUUAGGGUGAAAGACAAUCUUGCCAAACUGAGGCGAGAGAACAGGUUCCUCAGUGCACUAUGACAAACUUAACUUAAAACAGAAAGAUCAUCUUGCAACAUAACUAGUGCUUACUGGAAUGUAUUAAUAACGCGUCUACGCGCUUGUUGGUGUUUUUUAAGUUUUUCGUUUGACGCUGUUGAUCGAAAAAGUGAAAUUGCGAGUGAUGGCGUCCAUGUGGGCUGUAAGGUUUUCGGUCAGGGUGUCUAUUGGGCUGAGACAUGCGCCGUACUUUAG